AGUUCAUUUCCGAAACUGUUGCUGCAUAUACAAAUUUCCCUCCUUCACUUUUUCAUCAUUUUUCUCCAAAAACUUAUCAAAACCCUCUCUAAACCCUAUCAAUCUCCAUCAAUUUUUCGCCCUAAAAGCAAGUUUCAAACCGUUGAUCACGUUAAAGGGGGCAUAGAAAGCUACAAUUUCAGGUAUGGUGCAUCCGGACAACAUUGUGCAAGACGAUGGAGUAUUAAAUCCGGAAAUUGUCAACGUUAAUAACGAUCCGGUUAUUGACGCUACUCCUAUGAUCAAUGCGGUCGAUGUUAGGCAACAUUUUACAAAUGAUCGGAGCUUCGUUAGUCGAGAACAAUUGAUUGAUUGGGUUCGAAACGAAGCUAGUAAACUUGGAUUUGGAAUUGUCAUUUUAAGGUCGGACAACGGAAAUAGUAGGCGGAAAGCUUUCGUUGUUUUGAAUUGCGAACGUGGUGGUAGUUAUGUGCAAUCAAACCGUGUGCUAAAACACGAGGACACGGGAUCGAGAAAGUGCGGGUGUCCUUUUAAGUUGCGUGCUAAUCGGAGGGUUGAUGAUUUGUGGCGGUUAACCGUAAUUUGUGGAAUGCAUAAUCAUGCCUUGGAUGUCAAGUUACACGGGCAUCCAAUGGCGUGUCGUUUGUCCCGCGAAGAGAGGAAUGUGAUAUCGGACCUAACGAUAGUCAAAGUGGCGCCUCGCAACAUACUUGCCGAUUUGAAGCGUAAGAAACCGGAUAGCGUUUCAAAUAUCAAGCAAGUUUACAAUGAACGGCACAAUCUCAAGGAAUCAAACCAAGAACAAUACAUUGUUAAGUCACAAAAAAAGUAA